AUAGUUGAGUGAACAGCUUCAGUAGAGAGUGGAGUGGAGGGGACCGCAGUGAAGGAGCAGGGUGCCAAGAGGAGACAGAGCCAGAAAAACAAAGAGGACGAGUCUGAAAGUCUUAUUUUGCGUUUAAGGACAAUCACAGAAGAGAAAAUGUAUCUCUUAUUUUUCUUAUGUGGAUUAUGAUUUAUUUUUUCCAACUCCUUUCCAGGAGGUUUCAUCACUCCAGCAGCACUGCGCCUCAGUGGAAUGUGCGAUGUAGCUUCUCCGGGACGCGUCUGAAAAGGCAGCAGAACUAGAAUAGAAAAAAGCUUCUGCAGUCAUUAAAACUCAUUUAGAAAUUUCAAACUGCUUCUCUUUUAAUGGGACAGAUUUCUCCGGACGCCUUACACAUUUUUGGAGACAUUUACGCAUUUUGGAGACUUGUCUUCCUACUGAAAUGGGUGAUGGAAAUUGAAAUGUUGUCAAUUAACAGGGGAUAAUACGUUUUAUAAUAUUUUAUUACCCAAGUGCACUUGUUUUUCCGGCGAUGAUUGUGCUUUUGAUUAUCCUGUGUAUCACAGAUGGAGUGCUCUCUCAGAUACGCUACUCUGUGCCGGAGGAGGCGGACCAUGGCACUUUGGUGGGGAAUAUCGCCGAGGACCUGGGACUGGACCUUACCAAACUGGCCUCCCGCCGCUUCCAGGUAGUGCCCAGCUCUCGGACACCGUACCUGGAGGUGAACCUGGAGAACGGCGUCUUGUUCGUCAACGAAAAAAUCGACCGGGAGCAGAUCUGCAAGCAGAGCGCCAGCUGUCAGCUCAACAUGGAAGUGUUCUUGGAGAACCCACUGGAGCUGUUUAGGGUCGAAAUCGAGGUGGUGGACAUUAACGACAACCCGCCGAACUUUCCGGAGACAGACAUCACGGUGGAGAUCUCAGAAAGCGCCACCCCGGGCACCCGUUUCCCCCUGGAGAGCGCGUUCGACCCGGACGUGGGCUCUAACGCUUUACGCACGUAUGAUAUCACCACUAAUAACUACUUUUACCUGGACGUGCAGACCCAAACGGACGGAAACAAGUUCGCGGAACUGGUCCUGGAGAAGCCGCUGGACCGGGAGCAGCAGGCGGCGCACAGGUACGUCCUGACCGCGGUGGACGGCGGCCAGCCUCCCCGUACUGGCACCGCGCUGCUGGUGGUCAAAGUGCUGGACUCUAACGAUAACGUGCCGGUGUUUGACCAGCCCGUCUACACGGUGAGCCUCUCGGAGAACGCACUGGCUGGCACGCUGGUUAUACAGCUGAAUGCCACCGACCUGGACGAGGGGUUAAACGGAGAAAUAGUUUAUUCCUUCAGUAACCACAUAUCCAACCGCGUAAAGGACCUGUUCAGCAUAGACCCGCGUACCGGGCGCAUCGAGGUGCGCGGAGAGGUGGAUUUCGAGGAGAGCAGCCUGUAUCAGAUCUUUGUCCAGGCCAAGGAUCUGGGGCCAAACGCUGUGCCCGCACAUUGCAAAGUGCUGGUCAAAGUCACCGACAUGAACGACAAUGCACCGGAGAUCACCUUCAGCACUGUCACUGAGUCGGUGAGAGAAAAGGCGGCUACCGGUACCGUAAUCGCGCUGCUGAGUGUGACGGACCGGGACGCAGAGGAGAACGGACAGAUCCACGUGGAAAUCCUCGGUGAUGUCCCGUUCAAAUUAAAAUCAUCGUUUAGGAAUUAUUUCACCAUAGUGACCGACGGGCCGUUGAAUCGGGAACAGGUGGACUCCUACUCCGUCACUGUGGUCGCGCGGGAUAAAGGCACACCCUCACUCGCCACCAGUAAGUCCAUUAGAGUACAGGUGUCAGAUGAGAACGACAACGCGCCCACAUUUACGCAGCCUAUAUAUGAUGUGUAUGUGACAGAGAAUAACGUGCCAGGGGCGUACAUACAUGCUGUGACGGCUCUGGACCCGGACAUCGGGCAUAAUGCGCUCAUCAGCUACUCAAUUUUAGAGUGUGACAUCCAGGGCAUGUCAGUCAAAACCUAUGUGUCCAUCAAUGAGGAGACAGGAUAUCUGUAUGCACUCAGGUCCUUUGAUUAUGAGCAGCUGAAGGAUUUCACCUUUAUGGUCCAUGCAAGAGACGCGGGCACCCCGGAGCUCUCCUCCAACGCCACAGUCAAAGUCAUCAUCGUGGACCAGAAUGACAAUGCCCCCCUGGUGCUGGGCCCCCUUGGGAAGAAUGGCACAGCCAAGGAGCCCCUGCCCCGCUCAGCUGAGCCUGGCUACCUAGUGACCCGCAUCGUGGCUAUGGACGCGGAUGAUGGUGAGAAUGCUCGGCUGUCCUACAGCAUCCAGAGGGGGAAUGAGAAUGGCAUGUUUAGGAUGGACUGGAGGACUGGUGAGCUCCGGACAGCGAGGCGGGUGUCGGCCAAGCGAGACCCCAACCAGCUGUACGACCUGCUGAUUGAGGUGAGAGACCAUGGCCAGCCGCCGCUGUCUUCCAGCGCCAGCGUGCUGGUGAUGAUGGUGGACAGCGUGGCUGAAGGCCGGGGCGGCGGCGACCGGGGAGGCACUGCCAAGGCCAAAGACGGCACUCUCGACCUCACCCUCAUCCUCAUCAUCGCCCUGGGCUCUGUCUCCUUCAUCUUCCUCCUGGUCAUGAUCGUGCUGGCCGUGCGCUGCCAGAAGGACAAAAAGCUCAAAAUUUACACCUGCCUGACCAGUGACUGCUGCCUAGCCUGCAGCUCCUGCUGCUCACGGCAGGGCCGGGCCCGCAAGAAAAAGCUCAGCAAGUCGGAUAUCAUGCUGGUGCAAAGCGCCGGUAACGUCAGUGGGGCCGGUACGGCUCAAGUCCCCGUGGAGGAGUCAGGAAGCUUCGGCUCCCACCACCAAAACCAGAACUAUUGCUACCAGGUAUGUCUGACUCCAGAGUCUGCCAAAACCGACCUCAUGUUCCUAAAGCCGUGUAGUCCGUCUAGGAGCACAGACACCGAUCACAACCCGUGCGGGGCCAUAGUGACAGGGUACACAGACCAGCAGCCUGACAUCAUAUCAAAUGGCAGCAUUUUAUCAAACGAGACCAAACACCAGCGAGGUGAACUCAGCUACCUGGUUGACAGGCCGAGACGUGUCAACAGUUCAGCAUUCCAGGAGGCAGACCUGGUCAGCUCCAAAGACAGCGGCCACGGAGACAGUGAGCAGGGUGACAGCGACCACGACGCCACCAACCGAGGCCAUUCCUCCGGCGCUGAUCUGUUCUCUAACUGCACAGAGGAGUGUAAGGCCCUGGGCCACUCCGAUCGCUGCUGGAUGCCGAGCUUCGUGCCCUCUGACGGGCGCCAGGGCCCGGACUACCGCAGCAACCUCCAUGUACCUGGUAUGGACUCAGUCCCGGACACAGAGGUAUUUGAAAGCCCCGAGCAAACGGCUGAUAAGUCAUUCUCCACCUUUGACAAAAAGACACCUCUCAGUCACCACCAUCACCUUCUCAAAACCCAUCACCUCAGCCACCACCAGGGCUCCCUAGAGAGAAAAGAGUUGGAAGCAUUUCUGCCUAGCUCCAAAGCACCUUAUAACCCAGCUUAUUUAACGAGGAAAAGGGUUUGCUAGCUCCUUUCGUGUGGACAUACCGGAGACUGCGUGACUUUGCACAAUCACUCCUUGACGACCAAGGCUAUAAAAAAAGCAUCAAGUUUUCAACCCAUAUUGCCCUCCCUGCCCUCAUCCCUCCUCAAACAGCAAAAAAAAAUUAAAUACAAACACACACAAAAUGAGGAACGACCCAUAAAGGAACUAAGAGUUCCAUCCUUUCUGGAAGUCCUUGGAGCACUGCCAGGCUUUGGAGGCAUUCCGCUCUCGGGGUUAGGAGACGGUCGGACAUGGGGAGGGGGAGGGGGUGGGAUGGAUAGGUGCAGGCAGGUAGAUGGAUAGCUUUACCAGGAGGACCCAAUUGUCUCAGCAGGACUGAGAAACUAACAGAGGAGGAGGAAGGACAUUGAUGACGGGGAGAUAAAACUGGACACUUAUCUCUCUCCUUUUCCAAUCUGCGUGUGCCUGUUUACAGCACUGAUGUAUACAUCUUUGAGGACAAUAAAACCAGACGAGAACUACAUAUGUGUACUGACAGACAAAUCGAAACAAGAGCCACCCGAGAAACCGCCACUGAGCCCUUUAGGCGUUUGUACUUGCAGACAUACGCCAAAUUGUACAGGAGAAUCUUUGUGCAUUUCAAAAUGCAGUAUCACUGUUUAAGAUUUUUCUAUUCUGUUUGUGUGGUCAGGUGUCUAUUCCGAUCAACUUCAAACUUUGUAAGAAAAGAUUGUGGGCAGGAUUGUUUUUUUUUAUUUAUUUAUGUUUUUUUAAAGCUUUUUUGCUUUGGAUUUGGUUUGUUCACUUUAUCGUGGGCUUGGACAAUGUGUGGCCUACAUUUUUUCUGAUUCUGAGGCAUCAAGUAGUUUCUAUCAUGUGUGAGAAGUGUUUACUGUACUCUCUUAAAGUUUCAAGCUGAAUAUAAGACUCUCUAUAUAAAUCUAUCUAUAUCUACUUGUUCUGAAGGCGUGCUAUCGGUUUGCUGGGUUCCACAUUCUUUAUUCAGAGGUUUGACUCCUGUUUAAGUGCCCCUGAAGAAGGCUUUUUGUUUUUCCCAGUGGGAAACAUAAAGCGAGACAGAACAGCCUUAGCAGAUGCAAAACUCAAGUUCUCUUUGUUUGACAUUAUUUCAUUAUUUUUUUCCACUUUUGGAUAUUGAUAAAGAUCAUAUCUAUAAAUAAAAAGGAGGUAAUUUAGAUUGAAAUCCAUGGUAAUUCUGUGUCAUUGUAAUCAAAACUUUAAGGGUCCAUUUAUAAAGAAACAGAACAAAAACAUGGCCAAAUGCAAUAGGUGUUGUACACAAUGCAGUGGGAUUCACACAUUACUUUCUCACACAUUACAAACACAAACACACUAAUAUGCCAACAAUAAACUGAAACAUGGUGAAAAGGAAGAUCUUAUGUGCUUUUAUUUUGAUGUAUUUCCUGUUAGUACAAGAAAAAGUCGGGGGGGGGGUGUCAUGGCUAUCAUGGCUAGAGUAUAUGACCAAUAAAAUCAUUGGUCAUAUACUCUAGCCAUGAUAGCCAUAUGAAGACAUUUAAAAAAAUUCAUGUUGUGGUACAGUGGCCUUCCUCUCAGUUCAGUUUUUAUAAAAUAAAAUGCAUUCAGUAUUUUAGAUAAGUUAAAGUACAGAAGUAUUAUCAGCAAAAGGUAAGGUAUGACUUAUUGAUACAGUAAGAUGGAAGCAUUCAUGUCCUCAAUGGACUCUUGAUAACAAAUUAAUCUGUGCAGGAAUGUGCACAGUUUGGUAGAUAUGAGGUAGUUUAUGCACAUGACAAAUCAGUUUUGGGUGAAGCUCUGGCUCGUUGGCUAUUGCAGUGCCCUGCAGCGUUUACCACACCACAGAGGAAAACAUAUGGCAGACUUUUAUUACAAGCCCAGACUUGUCAUUUGGGUUAUACGGCUGUGGUUUUGAACGCUGUAAACCUUUUACAAAUUGAUAUUUUAUUUGGAGCCUUCCAGUCAAGCAGAAGGUUUAAGAGCCUUUUUGCUUGCCGUACAAGGUAGCAAAGAAAAAUUAUGACAGCACUAUUCCAUCAGUGCUGUCAGAAUGUAUUGAUUGAGCUGAAUGAUUAAAGCUUUCCAGUGGACUAAUCUGAAAUGAACACGUGAAUACUUCCCCCAAACAUGAUAAUGGGCGAACAUGACCUUAAUAUAUUCAGUAUGUUGAAUUACAAAUCAAGAAAAAAAUAAUCUGUAUCAUCCUUCACUGUCUCAUCUGUCAUAUCAACACAUUCUGCAAUCUACUCAUUCCUUUUUACUACAGCCAUGUAGAUAGGAGGUCUUGUUAUGUGUUUUUAUCAGUCUGUAGUAGAUGUUGCAGCUGUAAUCCGAGGUAGAUUAUAGUAUCCACAGAUGGUGAUGAACCAAUAAUGCGGUAGAGUUCAGAUACACACGCUAAAUCAUCUGUAGCCCUGCUUAAUCUUCCAGUACACGUUGAAUAUUCAUCGAUUGGUUCAUCCAAGGCAGACAAAAGCCUUUGUUGCUGUCCACUAUAAAUAUUACAAGCAAAUGGGGAGGAGGGGUAAAUAGCACAGAGGACAUUUCUCAGUCUUUACUUUUUUGGCUUCAGAAUCCCAUUCUGAUGUGAUUCUGAGGCCCUUUUGUUGCUGCAUAAUUAGGGCAGAGCUAUCGGAGCAGUACCCUUUUAGAUUGAGGACAAAAGUUGAACGGAGAGCAAGUGCAGUAUAAUCAUAUCUAUUUUCUUGUUAAAUGGAAGCUAUUAUGUUUGACCUCCACUUGACGCUAAUCUCUGUCACAAACCAAAAAGUUUUAAUUUCCAUGUGCAUUUAUGCACACCGGGCUCCAAAUGAGAAAAACCAAUAGAGUAUAAUGAAUGAUAAUUUAAGAACAAAAAAAGAGAGACUUACAAUUCCCCAAACAAAUGGGAGGAUUUGAAGAGAGGUGGAUGGUGAAACAGAGAGAGUGACUUCUCUCUAUUUCUAUUUCCGGUGAGUUGGGGAAGGGGAAAGGGUCAAUUGCAAUAGCGAGUUUCAAAGUCACUCACUUCACAAAGGCAAAGCGGAUUAUAGGAGGCUAAACUUUUUCUUUGUCAGAGCUCUCCUCUUUUGUAGAUGCUGUCGGACACAAAAAAACAGUCAUCAGAUGCAGAUGAGAAUCUAUGCUGAAAUUCCCCAGUGAUCAGUUCAGGUGGAAAUAUGGUCUGCUUGAAGGGUGAUUAUGUGGAUGAAUGAGAGACGGAACAAAUCUCAGAAAGAAAGACAGGAGAGGAAAUUUACAGAACAAACUGUGUUAUGCUGCCAUUUUGGGUUUCUUAAAGGCCCUGAAAACUUCGUAAUCAACAACAUUUGAAUCAGAAUUUAAUGACAUCUGAUUAAAAUUAUUUGCAAACUUUUACUUUAUUUCUGCUCAUUAAGGCUACAUCCACACUACUAAGUUUUUGUUUUAAAAUGCAUAAGUUUUGCUACGACUACACCUAGUGUCCACACUACUCUGGCGUUUUUUAGCCCUUAAAACGGAUAUGUUUGGAAAGGCUGCUGGCCCUGUUUUCAUUUGAGAAUUCCGGGGUUGCGUUUUAGUCUGGAUGGGCAAAAACGGAGGCUUUUGGAAGCGAUGAUGCAGACACCUGCAUUUGCUUCUUUAUUGGGUCUCAUCAGUAACGACGUGUCCUUCCCUGGUUCGUCAUGCCCCUAUCAUGUAACCCUUUUCCGGAAGAAAAUAAACACAAAGCAUGGCUAAUUAAACAUGGAUAACGAACCAGCGUUGCUGACAUUGUUGUCAAUGCUAGCAUUUUAUAAUGCUGCUACUGCCCACAUGUGCAGGGGGCAAGCGAUUUGUUACAAUUCCCAAGUUCAGUGGCGUUAUCAGCCCUGCAUGGAGCACUAAUUUUGGGUGAAGAGCUAGUGCCUGGUGGGAUAAUGUUAUUAAUGAAGUUGUGGUUCCUGGGUAAUGGCGAGAUAACUUUCGAGAUGUGGAAAGAGCAACAACAAAAACUAGCAUGAUGUAUUUACAAAGGUAUUCUGCACAUUGUAUUAUGUUGAGUGAUGAGAGAAGAUUUAUCGGAAUUGGAAAACCAAUAACGAUAAUGCAUUUGGACUAUCUCAUGGACUAUCCCGACAAGUUGUUUCAGUCAUCAUCCGACAAGUCUGUAAGACCAUCAGCAUCUUCCUGGGUCCAGACUACAGAUUUUAAAACGCAGUUUUUAAAUGAAAACGUAGUAAUGUGGAUGUAAGUCAUGUUAUACAAGAUACACUUCCUGAUUUGGUUGUAGCUCCCCAUAAUUAUACAGUGUCUUCAGGGCCGGCUCCAGUUUACAGCAGAUAAGCGUAAUGCUGAGCACACAGCUACUUUAUGCAAGCUAAGAGAAACAUGACUUCAGCAAACACAAUGCAAACCACUUCCUAAUAUCCAUUAUCAUUGACAUGCUAAAAAACAAACAAAAAACAACAACAACAAACACACACACACAUAAAAAAGAAAACUGCAAUGAAGCACCUGAUAAUACUAUUUUUAUUAAUUUUACACAGGCAUAACCAAGAUGUUCAAAGGUGCAAAGGAAAAUGAGCCUAAUGUACAUUAGCAUAUCUAUAUGUACGUGCUCUGAAGGCGUGCUAUCGGUUUGCUAGGUUCCACAUUCUGAUUCAGAGGUUGGACUCCUGUUGUGCGCCUGAAGAAGGCUUUUUGUUUUUCCCAGUGGGAUACAUAAAGAGAAAUAGAACAGCAUAAGCAGACGCAAAACUCAAGUUCUCUUUGUUUGACAUUAUUUCAUUAUUUUUCCACUUUUGGAUAUUGAUAAAUAAAAAGGAGGUAAUUUAAAUUGAAAUCCAUGGUAAUUCCAUGGUCAUUGUAACCAAAACUUUAAGGGUCCAUUUAUAAAGAAACAGAACAAAACAUGGCCAAAUGUACACAAUGCAGUGGGAUCCAGUAUACACACAUUACUUUUUCACACAUUUUCACUCUUUUGUUUAUAUCCCCACAGUCAAGGCUUAUGUAAAAUGGGAAAUUGCCCUGGGGCCCACAUCUAUGAUACUACCCACAAGGCCAAAAGUGGCAAAACAAUAAACUGGAAAAAAGGAACAAAAAGGUGUCAUUGCAUAAUUGAAUGCAGUGCAUUGCUGUAUUGUCAUAAUACUGUAUAUUUAUUUCACUUUUUUAGCCAUUAUUUGUUUUGUUUAAUUUGCUCCCCCACAAAAAUUUUGAGUCUUUCACAUGACAGCAGUGAUGUGCUCCUAGACCGCUGCUUACACAUUGUCCUGUUUCCCUUUGGUCCUGUUGUAUCCUGGGUACUUAUCACGUGGGUUGUAUGUGGACGGUGAUGCUGCUCAGAACAGCUCUUCCAGAAUUAAAAAUGUGUUCUACUUUCCUCAUCUUUCUUUUUUAUAUUUUUUAUGUACUGCAGAUUUGUAAUGUUCCCCAGUGCAAAUAUUUUAAGGUUUGGACAGUCAUGUCAUUUUCAGGCAUGGAAUACGUAACAUUGCUGGCUUCAUCUAUGUGUACAGUAUUGGCUUUUUGUCAUUCAGACAUACAGUAGGUAUCUUUUGCUUUAAUGUUCCUUAUGGGUUCAUUCAGACAUGAAAGAACAUUUACGGAGAGAGCCACUAUCCUAAUGCGAUAUUUGUCACCUGGUGUAGCACGGAGAGGGAGAGAGAGAGAGCAGCGGUUAGUUAAAAAUGUUAUGACAGCGGGAGGAGUGAGGAGUGUUCUUUCACAGGCUGCUGAUGGAUUUGAUAACUUAUUUUGCAGUUGAAGCCUUAAUUAAUGAUCACCAUGAGUGUGAGGGAUGCUCACCACCGCUUCUCAUAGUGAAUCCACUGAUACAUUUUCACAUAAUUUUCAUCAUUUAACUAUAUUCUGCUGCCUGUUUUAUAGUAUCAGACAGUGCACAAACAUCGAAUGACAGGAUGUUAAGUUGGGACUCUGUCUGUCUCUCUCUCUUGUUUAAUUCAUAUUAGCGCUCAUGCUGUAUGUAAACAUUUUGCUAGAUAUUCAAUUGAUUCAUCCAUGUGGUGAAGGAACAGUGAAAAUAUAAGGAGAGAGUUCUGGUCAGAUUAUUACUGUAAUCUCUUCAACAAUUUAAAAUUCUUUCACAUUGUUUCAUAGUUUACUAAACAGAUUUUAUUUUCGUGUGCAUAAGGAUUGAGAUAUUGAAUGAGAUAAUACAUUUAUUGCCAUGAUAGAAGUCGGUAACGUUACAAAACACGUAUUUAAUCUCUUUCUGCAUGUUUCACCUUGUGCUGUGGUCUUUACGUUAAUCUGACGGCAUUCACUUCAGAUAUGUGUCGUGUUGAAUGUGAUGUUACAAAUGUUAGAAAUGUUACAAGUCCGACCUCGUAAGAUUGCCAUUGUGACUUUUAUGUAAAAGUGACUCGGGUGCUUAGAAAUAGAAUAGUUCAGAACACCACCAGUUUGAAACCAGGCCAGUCCACAGGCAGCAAACCUAAUCUGAGUACAAAUGAAAAGUGCAAAUAUGGGAGUGAAUGUGGACACAUCGUGUUAAUUAGUGAGCUUUAGAGGAGUCGGUAGGUUAAUUUUAUAAUACAUUACGGCACUAAACAAUCAACAUAUCACUGUGCAGAUUGUGCAGCAUAUUUGCUGCACAUAGCAACCUAACAAAACAAAAGAGAACAAACAAAAACUAACUACUUAUGUAAAAUGAAUUUACAUCUUUAGAGCUACAGCUUGAAGUAAAGUGAGUUGGAGUAAUCAGGUAAUCAAGACAAAACAGUUCACAGUGACAUAGCAGGCUAAAUUUAGAAAGUAAUCUAUUCAUUUCACUUACUGUGUAAUGUUACUGAGUUGGCUCUUCUAAGCUCAUUUAGUUUUUUUGUAGUCCAUAUAUUUUAAAAUGGGCCUUUUAUUUUCAUGCACUGGACUUAUAUGACAGAUCCAGACACUGUUGCCAGAUUUGUGAUGAUCUUCUGUCAAGUUCUACUGCAAUUGUGUUCAGAGGUUUAGAAAGCAAAUCAGCAGUUUUUAGCUUCUCUUGUGAAGAGAAGAGAACCUUAAACACGGUCUUUAAUGUGUUAUACCACGUGAAGGGCCUCUGAGUCUGUAGAAGAAUCCUGCUGGAGACACGGAGAUAAGUGGAAGAAGGAUAGGAAAGAGGAUACAUUGGAGAAAGCAGAUGUUUUGCUGUCCUGGCCUGCACACUGAGCUGUUGUGGUCAGACAUUGAGUGCUUUCAGGUGGUUACAGCUCCAAGAAGGGAAAAGGAAACAUCCUCUCAUUGAAUCAUAUUAAAUGUGGGAUCAAAAAGAUUGCCAUGUGUAUUGUUUUUAAUAUAAAUCAACUAUAACCCAUCAUUAAAAACUCAUCUGCAACUGUGGCAAUAAAAUCUUUACUCUGAC